CAAAUUCAGCAGUUUGUCACUAAUUUGCAUCCCGGAAGUGCUUCUCCUUACGUAACGAGGUCAAGAUGGCAGCACGCUGCCUGUGAAAGGGUCGUACCAGAAGGCAGCUUUUAUGAUCCUAAGACAUGUAUAAAGCGCCAUGCAGUAGACUGACAGAUUUUCUUGGUUUAAGAGUGAAACAGAAAUUGGUUCAAAUUGCUCCUCGAUGUAAACAGACAGCUCGAAGUCUAAUUUACCUGCACAGGAGAGAUCCCUCAAACUUGCUGACAUAUCAGCACCUUAACUUCCUCAAACGACAGUAUGUUACCAAAAACACCAGUGAACUUCUCCAGCGUGCAAUCCCCAAACAUGACCUGACCGGUGUUGAUGAAAAAGAUGCCAGCGUCAAAAGGCAGGUGGAGAGAAUACCGACUAUUGAUCCAGAGCUGGCAGAAGUUGUCCCGCUGUCGGAGGAUGUAAUCCAUAAAGCACAGCUUAAAAACUCCACCAUUAGGCCUGCUUCACAAAAUGUGGCAGAUCCGCAAGGUUCUGGGUCCCAUCUUGCUUCAACCAGGGAUGAGCCCCCGCACGUUCACGUCGAGACAGAAGAGGCGAGGCAGGCCCGUCUGGACAGACAAUGGAAGCCGCUGAAAGUUGAUGUGGCCGACCUACCGGAUGUCUACGCUAGACUUGCUAAAAUCAAACUUACAGCUCUGGUGGUCACAACUGCAGCAGCUGGCUUUGCAAUGGCUCCCGUCCCCUUUGAUCCCAUCAUGUUUUUCGUGUCUUCUCUGGGAACAGGCCUCGCAUCCUGUGCUGCUAAUUCCAUUAACCAGUACUUUGAGGUGCCCUUUGACUCCAACAUGAACCGAACAAAGAACCGCCCCCUCGUCAGAGGACAGAUCAGCCCAUUACAUGCAGUGUCAUUUGCCCUGGCCUGUGGCAUUCCUGGAGUUGCUCUGCUCACGCUGGUAGUAAACCCCCUGACGGGCUUCCUGGGCGCCCUCAACAUCUUUCUGUACACCUGCUGUUACACACCACUCAAGAGGCUCAGCAUCGUCAACACCUGGGUGGGAGCAGUGGUCGGAGCAAUACCUCCUGUGAUGGGCUGGACCGCCGCCACGGGCAGUCUGGAGCCAGGUGCUUUGCUGCUGGGUAGUUUCCUCUACUGCUGGCAGUUCCCGCACUUCAACGCUCUCAGCUGGAACUUAAGGGAAGACUACUCCCGCGGCGGCUAUCGCAUGAUGUCCGUCACCCACCCAGCCAUGUGCAAGCGGGUUGCCCUGCGUCACAGCCUGGGCCUAAUCGCGUUGUCGACCUUAGCGCCCGUGCUGGACGUCACCACCUGGACAUUUCCAAUCAUCUCCUUAUCCAUCAAUCUGUACAUCAGCUACCUUGCCGCCCGCUUCUACUACAAAGGGGACCGCAACAGCGCCCGUAAGCUCUUCUUUUGCAGCCUGUGGCACCUACCUAUGCUGCUGCUGCUGGCGCUCACCUGCAAGAAAUACAGCAGGAGUCAGGAGGACACAGCGCUUUUAACCCUCACACCAGCAGCGAAAUAACUGGGACCCUCCUUUUAACCACAGUACUUUAUCAGUCUCAGCGUGGAUAGAGAGAUAUUUGCUGACACUGCUUUACAGAAAACACACCAAGUUGCAAUCUUUUCAAUGUGUGUGCUGUAUAUAUUUAUUUAUAAAGGGUCCCACCAGUUCUUCUGUCUUAUAUUUGACUGAUAAGUUACCUUGUACUGUUUGCACCACUCUCACAGAAAGCCUCAAUCUCUGCAGCUUAUUUAGUUGGAAGACUUGCUGUUGUAAGGUUUUUAGGAAGUGGUAAAAAAGGAGAGAAGUAAUGACGAUGUGUUACUUGAUGGUAUAUAAACCAAAUUUUGCUUUAAAAAAAUGUGCACAGGGUUCAAAUUGAUAAACCUGUUUUAGGGGAUCAUUUAUGCCCUGUGGGACAUAAGGGCAACUAUUCUCAAACAAUAAACACAUCAUGAUUGUGA